AUGGUCACACUUAGACAUGCUGGGGAUCGAUCCCAAGGUUAUCAUGCACCAGUUGCAAGUGGACCCCGACAAGAUGGCAGCCUAAAGCAGAUUCAUCUCCGGGCUCUCCGACAAAUCCAUGCCUUCUUUGAAACCCUUAAGAAGCCAAAAGAUUUCGAAUGGACCGAGAAGUGUGAAUUGGCCCUUGAGGAGCUCAAAACCUAUCUUACCACGCCUCCCCUCUUAUCCAAACCCUUGCGUGGCGAAGUCUUGCUGUUGUACCUUGCUGUCUCAGAGCAUGCAGUCAGCGCCGUCCUGGUUCGGGAAGAGGGGACCAAGCAGCUACCAAUCUACUACGUAAGAAAAGCCCUCCCAGACGCGGAAACUCGCUACAGUCAUCUAGAGAAGCUGGCCCUAGCUCUGAUGGUCGCCGCUCGGAAAAUACGACCCUAUUUCCAAGCUCAUCCGAUUGUGGUCGUCACCUCGUUCCCUAUAAAAUUGGUUCUACAUAAGCCUGAGGUCUCCGGAAAACUAGCAAAAUGGGCAGUCGAGCUAGGGGAAUACGAUGAGGUAAGCCUCCAGAAAGAGGCCGACGAGGAAGGAGAAUGGGUCUUGCAUGUAGACGGCUCCAGCAACAUUCGAGGAGCAGGAGUGGGGAUCGUGCUCACAUUGCCAACAGGAAAUACGGUCUCAAGAGCCGUAAGGUGUAACUUCAAAGCAACGAACAAUGAAAGUGAGUACGAGGCCUUAAUUGUAGGACUAUCGCUCGCCCACCAGCUAGGUGCCGAAAAUAUCCAAGUCUACAGUGACUCCCAGCUAAUUAUCAACCAGGUACAAGGAGAAUAUCAAGCUAAAUACGACAGCAUGAUCCAAUAUCUGGCAAUCGCUCAGCGCCUCAUAAGCAAGUUUAAAAGCUGUAAACUCACGCAGAUCCCCAGGGAGCAGAGUUCCCAGGCCGACGCUCUGGCUAACCUAGGGUCGGCCCUCCAGACGCAGACUCAGAUGAGCAUCCCAGUAUUAGUGUUGCAAUGGCCGGCCACCCUAGAACCGCCGAACGGAGAGGUCUCUGCCAUUGAGGAAGAAGAAACCUCGAUGACCCGCAUAGUUCGAUACCUCAAAGACGAUAUCCUCCCCAUAAAUCGCAAUGAAAGCAGGAAAGUCAAGAAACAUGCCGCUAGAUAUUGUCUAUCUCAGGGAGUAUUGUAUCGCAGGUCAUUCGCCGGUCCAUACCUAAGGUGCGUCACACCCCGUGAAGCAGCUAGAAUCCUGGUCGAACCACAUGAAUGA